CUUGGAAGCGCCUCCCCACGUCCCUCCCCUGCCCUCCUCUUGCUCUGCUCCUCUCUCCCUCACCACAAAUAGUCGCCGACCUACUGCCAAUCCGCCUCUCUCUCCCUCUCUCUCUCUCUUUCUCUCUCUCCCCCCCCCCCCCAACAUGACUGACUGGGAAGCGGUGGCUCGGGCAGAGCAGCUCUGCUGGCGCAGGCAGGAGGAGCAGGAGGAUUAUUAAAUAACGCAGCUCGACUCUGUGCAACUGGGAGUGGAGAGAAGGAGCCCAACAGCCGAGAAGGGGAGGGAGGGCAGAGGAGGGGGACCAGGAAGGACACCCCCGUGCCCCGAAGACAUAAAUCCCUGAGUGCCCGGGAGGAGCCUUAACAAGCGCACGGAGCCCUCAAGGCUGCUAAGUUGGCUUUCACAGUGCAAGCCUUGGAGUCCCAAUGGGGGACUCAGGAUCAAGACGAUCUACCCUGGUCUCCCGGUUGCCAAUAUUCAGAAGAAGUAUUAGCAGAAGACAUGAUUCUCUUCCUUCUUCACCUUCUUCCAGUAAUACAGUUGGUGUCCACAGCUCCUCUCCUUCCAGCACUAACUCAAGCUCAGGUAGCACAGGUAAACGGAGGAGCAUAUUCCGUACUCCUUCCAUUAGCUUCCACCAUAAGAAGGGGAGUGAGCCUAAGCAAGAACCUACCAACCAGAACCUUAGUAUUUCAAAUGGUGCUCAACCUGGUCACAGCAAUAUGCAGAAACUAAGUUUGGAAGAACAUAUUAAGACCAGGGGAAGACAUUCUGUUGGUUUUAGUAGUUCACGAAAUAAAAAGAUAACAAGAUCUUUGACAGAGGACUUUGAAAGGGAAAAAGAGCACUCAACUAACAAGAAUGUCUUUAUAAAUUGUCUAAGUUCCGGCAAAAGUGAAGGGGAUGAUUCUGGUUUCACAGAAGACCAAACUCGCCGUUCUGUUAAGCAGUCAACAAGGAAGCUACUCCCUAAAUCUUUUUCAUCUCACUAUAAAUUUUCUAAGCCAGUUCUACAGAGCCAAUCUAUUUCAUUGGUACAGCACUCUGAAUUCUCAUUGGAAGUUACACAGUACCAAGAGAGAGAACCUGUGUUAGUAAGAGCUUCGCCGUCCUGCUCUGUGGAUGUAACAGAACGGGCAGGAAGCUCUUUACAAUCUCCUUUGCUUUCUGCUGAUCUUACCACAGCUCAGACACCUUCAGAAUUUUUAGCCUUGACUGAAGAUUCUGUGUCUGAAACGGAUCCAUUUUCUAAAAGUGGAAGCAUGGCAUCCCACUGUGACAACUUUGGCCACAAUGAUUCUACCUCUCAGAUGUCUCUCAAUCCUGCUGCUGUUACAAGGACAACAAUAGAACUUAAGGGAACCGUCCCCUGUGCAGUUAUGUCUCCCGGGAAAUAUAGGUUAGAGGGUCAAUGUAGCACUGAAUCGAAUUCCUUACCAGAAACCUCUGCUGCUAAUCAGAAGGAAGUGUUAUUACAAAUUGCUGAAUUACCUGCUACAAGUGUGAGACACUCAGAGAGUAACCUACCAGCAGAUACUGAAAUAGAAGAAAAUAUAGAGUUACAAAAUGGUGAAACAAUGUUGCGGACAGACUCCCCAAGGAAACUUGGAUUUUAUGAGCAACAUAAAGCAAUAGCUGAACAUGUUAAAGUGAUUCAUCCUAUUUCAGAUUCAAAGAUAAUACCUACUUCUGGUGAUCAUCAUAUUUUUAACAAAACGUCAUAUGGAUAUGAAGCAAAUCCUGCCAAAGUUCUUGCCAGUAGUCUCAGUCCAUUUCGUGAGGGAAGAUUUAUAGAGAGGAGACUGCGAUCGUCGUCAGAAGGCACUGCAGGGAGUAGCAGAAUGAUUUUGAAACCAAAAGAUGGAAAUAUAGAAGAAGUUAAUAGUUUAAGAAAGCAAAGACCAGGUUCUUCAUCUUCAAAAAUGAACAGUUUGGAUGUUUUGAAUAAUUUGGGAUCUUGUGAACUGGAUGAAGAUGAUCUAAUGCUUGAUCUUGAAUUUUUAGAGGAACAGAAUCUUCACCCUUCUGUUUGCCGGGAGGACUCAUAUCACUCUGUCGUCUCAUGUGCUGCAGUAGUUCUUACUCCUAUGGAACCAACAAUAGAAAUGAAGAAAAGAGAAGAACCAAAAUUUCCUGAGCCUUCCAAACAGAAUCUUUCCCUGAAAUUAACAAAGGAUGUUGAUCAAGAAACCAGGUGUUCCCACAUCAGCCGAAUGCCCAACAGUCCAUCUGCGGAUUGGCCCCUACAAGGUGUGGAAGAAAACGGAGGCAUAGAUUCUUUGCCAUUCAGACUGAUGUUACAGGACUGCACAGCAGUCAAGACGUUAUUAUUAAAGAUGAAGAGAGUUCUUCAAGAGAGUACGGACAUGAGUCCAGCAAGCAGUACCACGUCACUUCCUGUUAGUCCUCUUACCGAAGAGCCAGUGCCUUUCAAGGAUAUAAUGAAAGAUGAAUGCUCGAUGCUCAAGCUGCAGCUGAAAGAGAAGGAUGAACUCAUUUCCCAACUUCAGGAAGAACUGGGAAAAGUUCGGCAUUUACAGAAGGCAUUUGCUUCAAGAGUAGAUAAAUCCACACAGACUGAACUACUAGGCUAUGAUGGUUUAAACUUGAAAAGACUAGAGACAGUUCAAGGAGGGAGAGAGGCUACAUAUCGAAAUCGAAUUGUGAGCCAAAAUCUCAGCACAAGGGACAGAAAAGCAAUGCAUACUCCCACCGAGGACCGUUUUAGGUAUUCGGCAGCGGACCAGACAAGCCCUUACAAAAAUAAGACCUGUCAACUCCCAAGUCUAUGUUUAAGUAAUUUUCUGAAGGACAAGGAACUAGCAGAAGUUAUCAAACAUUCAAGAGGAACUUAUGAAACCCUCACUUCAGAGGUUACACAGAACUUACGGGCCACGGUUGGGCAGAGCUCUCUGAAGCCAACAGUUAAGACAGACGGGCUCUCCACGUUCUUAGAGAAACCAAAGGACCAAGUUGCUAUGGCCCGACAGCAUUCGACCUUUACAGGCAGGUUUGGACAGCCACCCAGAGGACCAAUCUCUUUACAUAUGUACAGCAGGAAGAAUGUAUUUCUCCAUCACAAUUUACACAGCACUGAGCUGCAGACCCUAGGCCAGCAGGAUGGGUAAUUAAAUCACCCUAUUCCUGUCUUUGGGUAGGAUAAAGAUGGUUAGUGUUUCUCGUGCAUAGUUCAUAUUAAAAUUUUCAUGUGCUUUUUCUUACAUUUUAGUUAUAAACAAAGACUUGUGUUGUUGGAUUUUUUUUCUUAAUCAUAAACAAAGACUUGUGUUGUGUUUUUUUUUUUCUCCAAGGGUGAAAGUUUGAGCAUGUUAAUUGAACUAGGUUGAAUUGCCUUGAAGACUUUACUAUAUAUGUGUAUAAUAAAUGGGACCAUCAUGAUCGUUUAUAUAGUUCAUAAUUUAUUGAUUUUUUACCUCUAUCACUUACUGAUAUGCAUUAAGGUUUCAGAAGAUAAUAUCAAAUAGCAAUCCGUUCACUGUUAAUGGUGUUACUAUAAAAGUAGACCUGAUGAACAAUAGGUAAAGGAAUUAUAAAGAAUUUUAAAUUACAUAGUUAAUAGAAGGAGGAAAAAAGAAGACUGUUAACGUCUUAUAUUUGGUGGUGUAUUUAUUUGAAGAAUGUGGCUUGCUUGCAUGUAGCCUAGAGAUGUGUCUGUCUCUAUUACAUACAUUCAAGCUUAUCUUGUGAUGCUAGUAAGGGGGAAAUGGCUGUAUAUUUUUUUCCUUUAAACAUUUAGUUCAUGCUAGUUCACAACGGAUUUCAGACAGAGUAAUUGCUAGCCAAAUAGAGAAUGACAGCUCUGAUCUUUGAAAAAUUUUGCUUUUAGUUUUUGUUAUUGAUGUUGAAGUACCGUAACAUAACACAAGGUGAUAAAGUUGGUCAAAUUUUGUCAAAUGAUGCAUAAAGACUGACAUGCUAUAUUCUUUGAGCCACUGUCAUGGCAUUUUUUCAAAAUUUCAAGGAUGAAACAUCCUAAGAAAAUUAUUCUUUUUCUUUACUUUCCUUAUUUUUUAAAAUGUUCUUUUUUUAUGUAGAUCCAAUUUUGGUUUAUGUACAUCAACCCAUAUCUAUAAUUUUAUGAAUGGAGGAACAGAAAGUUGGUGUUUUAGUAGCCAGCAUAUAAUAUUCUGACUAUGCAGAAAUCUAGAAUUAGAACAAAAGGUGAAGUAAAUGCGAACAUUGGCAAUUUGAUCUUAGAAAUCAGCUUCUAACAGGAAUAUUUAAAACCCAUUUGAUGGCAAAUAUUUCUCAUUGACAAUUAAGGCCCAAAUAUGUUAUAAUGUCUUAUAUACUUAUGUGCACAUGAGAUAGAUCAAUAUAUGAAUUGAUCUAUGGAUAAUUCCAUCAUGUUUAGUAGCAGAGCAGAAUCAAAGAGUACAAUUAAAUACAUAAAUACAUAAUUUGUAAAAGACUAAUAGGAAUCAAGGCUGCAGUUUUCUUAUACACAUUAGAGCUGUUAAGUGUAUCCACAUUAGCCAUAGUUCAUGCAAAUUGAAACUGUCAUACCUACUGCAUGAUCUGUUUCCCUUGCAUUUUCUAACAGACAGAAUCUGUCAGCGUGCACAAGCAAGAGGAAUAAAGGGAAAUUGAGAUAGCAGUUUUAGCAUGGCAUCUGACAACUUGCUUAAAUUAAAGCUAUGUGCAAAAUGCAUCUCCUAUUAUAAAAAUGUAUUUGUGCUCUGUGCUUUGGGGAAAAGCCAUUAGACACCCCACUCCUGAGCUUUAACUACUGAACUUUGAUACAUUUGCAAACUUUGAUUGGAACUGAUAAAGUAAGGAGUCUAGUUGAUAUGUUGUGCUUAUAAUUUUGGUUUUCCAAAGAAACACACACGUGCAUCAAGGCAGACGUUUGCCAAAUGCUUUCUUUCUUUGCGUGUUUGUAGUUCUGCCAAAAGAGAACAAUACACACUGCAAAUUGCUUGACUUAAAGAGAUUGCUAUCUAAAGUUCCCACCAUACUUUGGAAGCUAUAAUGUUCAUGCAGAUAGACACUUGGGGCUGGGCAAUAUUUAAGAAAUGAUAGGAAAAUAGAAAAAUGAUGAUUAUUAAUUGUGGAAUUCAGCUUGAUUUGUCCUAAACGUUGGUGUCUGUUGCUAGAGUAUUUUAAAUCUGUAAAUAAAUAAGCAUGAUAAAAUAAUCAAGGAUUUUUUCCCAGGAUAUGGAAGAACUAUGUAUCACAAAUAAUGUUUUUGAUUUGGACUUUUGGAGUUGAUAGUUUUGUUUUCCUGGAAGAUAGACUUUUGAAUUAUACUUUAUAAAAAUAAUCUAUUUAAAGAAGAUCUGUCAUUUAAUAGACAUUUUAAGAGAUGUUUUAAAUGCUAGUAUUUUCUUGAAAAAUCUUUUUUAAAGCUGAAUCAUUCAAAAGAAAACCUGGAUUAAACAGUUCGAUUUUAAAAGGAAGGGUAUUUUUUGGAAAUAUCAUCUUAAAGCUGUUUUGUAUCAGUAUUUUCAGCAUUGUUAUAAUAUUAUUUGUAAUACUAAGUGUAACUCAGGCCUGGAGAAGGUGUAAGCCCACUAUGCUAAUGUACAUCAGUAACUGUAAAGCAGGGGUUCUUUGUCAGUUCCUCUUGUGUAUAUAUAGUAACAUAACAAUGGCAUGUGGGCAUUCUUUCAGUGAAUUGAUUUCUUUGUACUAAAAUCUCUAGUUUUCUAAGACAGUUCCAUGUAUAAAAAUGAUUUAUACAUUUCUCCAAGGCGGUACAUAUCCAAAGACAUGACACCAGGGGGAAAAAUGCUUGUUUUUCUGAUGGAAGCAGUGGUCUUUUCUUUUCCUUCCUCUUUCUUUUGUGCAUGUGUAUGUGUAGCUAAGCCUAAAUAACCCUGUAAAAUUUCUGCUGCAAACUGUCUCUUCUGAAUUUAGAAUGCGUUUUAAAGGAACACUUAGGAAGAGAAAUACCUUGAAGAAAAGCUGUUUCCACCUGAAAUAAACUGUUCCCAUUUUGAUAAUUAUUGGAACAUGAAACUGUAUUUCUAUGAACUCAGUGAUUUUUUUCCGUAAAAUUAUAUGUUAAGAGAGUCACCACAAAACUAUGAAUUCUCUCUUGAAUUAUUUCUGCUUCUUUGGAGCACCAUAGUCUUUGUUCAAAUCACAACAUGAAACUGUCGCUGCAAUGCUAAAGAUGUGAAUCUACCACUAUCAAUAUGGUCAGGGUAAAACCUGCAGCCACAUGUUGUUCAAGUUAUUUUUGUUACCUAAUGAUUGACAUGAAAAUAAAAUAGUAAGCCAAUAUUAAUUUGUAGGCAUAGUUGCCCAACUUCAAAUGUUUACAAAGA